GGGCGGGUGGAGGGUCUCGGCCCGGGCCUGGCCCCGCUGCCACCCCGCAGAUGCCCGGGCGGGAGGUGACUUGCCGCGGUGGCCUCUGUCACCGCCGAGCUCGGGGCCUUGCUUUAGUCAUCACCGGGACAGGCGCUGCGGGCGGAGCGUGGUGGGAGCCGGGGGCGUUUCAUGGGGGCAGCCGGGCCGGGGCCGUGUCCUUCGUGUGAGGAAAGCGAGCCAAGACCCCCUCCAUCCCCCUGCGGAAGGAACCACUGACCAGCCGUCACAGAAGCCAGGCCAGUUCCUGUGCCUAAAGAAGGACUAAACCCCCCUCUGACUUCUAGGGUCUCCCCUGUCGCAGGAGAUGACAGGUGGAAAUGAAUCCUGUACUGCAGGACCAACAUCUAUGUCCUACUUAACUUGCUUGACUUACAUUCUGGAAGAAUGGACUGGUGUGGAGCAUAUUGGAGAUUAUCUGAGUUAUGCAUUCUACAUUUUGUGGUUGCUUUUUCCACUUGUAGUAGUCGUUGUACUUCCAGGAGUUAUCGUCAUUCUCUUCUACGUUUCCAUCCUUUUACUUCAUAUUUAUAAAAGGAAGAAUGAAUUAAAGGAAGCUUAUUCCCAUGAUGUUUGGGCAGGUGCAAGAGAAAUGUUGGCUACCCUAUGGGAUGGACAUGGAAGAAUAUGGCAUGGUUAUGAGCUUCAUGGUGUUGAAAAUAUUCCUCCAGGACCGGGACUUGUUGUGUUUUAUCAUGGAGCUACUCCUGUUGACUAUAUCUAUUUCUCAGCUAGACUUCAUAUAACGACGAAGAGGAGGUGUACCGUAGUAGCUGAUAAUUUUGUCUUUAGAUUACCAGGUUUUAAAAUACUACUUGAUGUACUAGGAAUUAUACAUGGACCAAAAGAAGCUUGUGUCAGGACUCUGAAGAAUGGCUGUCUGUUAGCCAUUGCCCCAGGUGGAGUUCGGGAAGCACUCUUUAGUGAUGAAAUGUAUACUAUUUUGUGGAGUAAUCGGAAGGGCUUUGCUCAGGUGGCCAUUGAUGCAAAAGUGCCCAUCAUUCCUAUGUUUACACAAAAUGUUCGAGAAGGCUUUAGGACAUUAGGAGGAAUAAAAAUACUUAGGUCACUAUAUGAGCGUGUUAGAUUGCCAGUAGUUCCCCUGUAUGGGGGGUUUCCAGUCAAGCUACGUACAUUUAUUGGAGAACCCAUUCCAUAUGAACCAAAUACAACUGCUGAGGAGCUAGCUGAGAAGACAAAAGCAGCAGUCCAAGUUCUCAUAGAAAAACAUCAAAAAAUACCAGGAAAUAUAUUUAGGGCUUUAAUGGAACGAUUUCAAACACAAAAGAAAGAAGAUUAAGGUCUUCUGAACUUAAACUUCUAUAACUACUAUUUAGUUAUAAUAUUCUUGAAGUCACAUUUGUAAAUUAUUCAUUCUUCUAAUAAUAGGUUUUAAAUACUGUCCUAAUGAUAAUGAGGUAUAAUUUAAGAUACCAGUCACUUGCCUUUGCCCUUUCCCCUGUCCAGUAUCAAGCUCAGGAACCCAAACUUCAAAUCAUUCAUAAUGGGGCAAAGUUUAAUUUUUGAUAGAUGCAUUCCUACCUUGGAAGUGUGCGGGUUGUUGAUUUAGGGUUUGUUUUGGGUUUUAUUUUCCAAAUAACACUGCAAGCCUUUAUGUAUAUGGUCUGUCUUCCUUUUGGUCUGUCAUUGUCUCCCAUCCCCACCAUGAUGGAUCUCUAGAAUGUCAAACCUGCUGCAGAGCUGGAAUCUGUCUUGACCCUCAUCACUGUAAAGAGGUUUUGUGGGCCAGAUUAAUGCCAUACAAUUCAUAUGAAAACUUUCCUGAGAUGGUUCCUCUCACACUGCUGGGAAACAGUCCACCACCCUUGGCCUGCAGAACCUCUAGCAAUGCCUGCAAAACUUGCAUUGCAAAGUGUUUAGUUUUGCUAGGUGAGCUCAGAAAGGGUUCAGAGGAGUGAAAAUUGAUUAGAGAACUACAGUGAUCCAAGGAAGUUUGUUAUGGAAACUACUCCGAUGCUGCGAAUGAGAACCCUACAACACAACUGCUAUUCUAAGCCAAGCCAUAUUGGGUAUCUGCCCUUGAGUAGACAUUUGUCCCAUGUAUUUCUUAGUGAAUCUACAAAUUCUUUUGAAACAAUGAGCCAAGUGUUCAAACAUCAAAAAAAAAAAUGACAGUACUGUUUAAUAACAUGAGCUCAAAAGGCUUUAUUUUGAUGGAAAGAGAAAAUUGUUACAACACUCUAAAAGCAGGAGUUCUUUUGAAAAACAGGAAAGACAUUCCCAAAUACCCUUUGGAUUUAGUAUGUGGGUAAACUGUUAAACAUACAUAUUUUUCAAACAGUUAUUUAUCUAAGUUAAAUAAUGAAGGAGAGCAAGUUCUGUAUACUUAAGUGAAAGCAAUUGAAUCAAGAGGAGAGAGUUGCAAGAUUGGGCUUUUGUGCACUUACAGCAAAUUAUAAUGUUGUAUUUUAUCUUAGCUAAAGCCUGUGGUUUUAUUGUCCAAAUAGGAAAUAUCUGAAAUAUUUCUUCUGAUUUCCAGGAAUUUUAAUCUACAGUUCUUAAAACAUCUGGGAACUUUUUAGUUUUGAGAUGAGGACAAAUUCCUUCAGAAGAGAAAAAGAGGUUUUUGCUGUAUGACGUGGUCUCCUUUCAAUAUUGUUGCGGUUUGACCUUUUCUUAAAAAAAAAAAAUACACUCCCCCCCCCCC